AUGGCCGGGAUGCAGCAAAGGCACCGAGAGGGAAGGCAAGGCCGGGGCGGGCUGCGGAGGCAGCGAUGGGACACAGACAAUAUGUCUGCAGCGCAGGACGCGGCGGGGACCCGCAGCCGGUUCCUUCGAGAGCCGCUGAUAAAGGGCGAGCGGCGUUUCGGCAUCGCUGGGAGCCGGCAGCGACCCCUCUGCGCCUGGGCGGCCAUGGGCGAUGAAUCACGGCGGGCACCGGGGACGAGGGGGAAGGGAACUGCCUCUCCGCUUCCUCCAUCGGUGGGAAGCGGCUCCACCACCGAGCUGUGCUUAGUCACAGCCGAGAGAGAGCGAGUGGCCCAGUGGGACCAAAGAGCGCUUGGCGGUGACCCAGGCGCGGACCCCGGGGCCACCAACACCCCACAACACGGGUGCUGCAAGCCCUCACCCCCGGGCGGGGCGUCGGGACCGGCACCACAGGGAGCAGCGGGGCUCUGCCCGCCGGGAACCCCACGCAGCGAGGCUCGGGGAAGGGGGGUUCGGGGCCAGGCCGGCAUCGCCCGCCGGCUGCCAAGGACGAGCCUGGGCACGGGCAAGCGCCGCCGCCCCGGUUCCCCCCCCCCGCCAUGGCGGGGCCGCGCCCGGGAGGGCUCUCCAAGGGCAGCUCCCCCGACGGGGCCGGGGUCCGCGCCGCUCCGGCCCACCCCAAGAUGGAGGGGCCGUGCCCGGGCUUUGUCCCUCCCGGGAAGACGCCCCGGCCCCGGCAGCGCGGCCCCGGGCUCCUCCACCGCCUCCGGGCCCCCGCCCGAGCGGCUCCGCGGGCGGCCCCGCCGCAUCCCCCGGGCCCGCCGCAUCCCCCGGCCGGAUCCCGCUCCCCACCGCUCCCGGCUCCCCCUCGGCCGCAUCCCGCACCCCGACUCCGGCAGGGCCCCGGGCGCCCACCGCUGCGGGAGCCGGUGCCGGAGCCGGUCCCCGCCGCGAAGCCUUACCCUGGGCCGGCUGGGGCUGGGGCUGGGGCUGGGGCUGCGGCUCCCGCCCGGCGCGGCUCCUCUCCAUGGCGUGGCGGGGAGGCGCAGAGGGCUGGCCGAGCCGUGCCGAGCCGCGCCGCGCCGCCCCGCUCCCCCCGACCCGGCGGGGGAGGACGCUCAGCGCUCCCCGCCCCGGCCCCGGCCGCUCACCUGCAAAGCGCUGGCCCUGCAGCAGACACCCCCUGUACCCCCUGCAUCCCCGACCACUGCCAGCACCACGAUGCACAGCCACUGCCACUCGGAUCACCCCGAUUUCCAGGCACCCCAAAGAAGCAUUGAUUCCCCAUCCCCGAUCCCCACCUUGGCUGCUUGUGAGGCCUCGAAGCUUCUUCCCCCACCACCCACCCGCCACACGUGA